UCCCCCUUCCAUGGGACUUUAUAAUAGAGCUGCUACUGUCCUUCCUUUCUCAAAUCCAAGCAGAUUUAUAGCCAACUCUCUCAAGUCCUCGCUCAAACACUCUCGAAUCCUCACCCACAUUGUCAUUUGAAGAGGAAGAGCUAAUUAGCCGCAGCAACAUCUUCUUCUGCAAAAAAUAUGGAGGCUCUCAACAAAAUCUCUUUCCUUUUGGGAGUUCUCCUGCUCUUCUCUAUGGCAGUGGCACUGGCAAAUGCAAAGACUUGCUACCAUGACUUUGUCGUUCAAACAACCAAAGUGAACAGGCUGUGCAACACCCACAACACCAUCACGGUGAACGGGCAAUUCCCGGGCCCGACUUUGGAAGUUAACAAUGGCGACACCCUCGUCAUCAAUGUCGCUAACAGAGCUCACGAAAACGUCACCAUCCACUGGCAUGGGAUCCGGCAGUUGAGGACUGGUUGGGCCGACGGGCCGGAAUUCGUGACUCAAUGCCCGAUUAGGCCCGGCGGAAGUUACACGUACCGUUUCACCAUCCAAGGGCAAGAAGGAACCCUGUGGUGGCAUGCACAUAGCUCAUGGCUAAGAGCGACUGUGUACGGUGCUCUAGUCAUUCAUCCAAAGGAAGGCGCCUCGUAUCCGUUUCCAAAACCAAAGCGUGAAACUCCCAUCCUUCUUGGGGAGUGGUGGGAUGCGAACCCCCUUGACGUCGUGAGAGAAUCAACCAGAACCGGCGGGGCUCCGAACAUUUCCGAUGCUUACACCAUCAACGGUCAACCUGGAGAUCUCUACAACUGCUCGAGCAAAGACACCGUCAUAGUUCCCAUCGACUUGGGAGAGACCCACCUCCUCCGAGUCAUCAACGCUGCGCUCAAUCAGGAACUAUUUUUCUCCGUAGCGAACCACACAUUCACCGUGGUUGGUGCUGAUGCCUCCUACCUCAAACCCUUCACCACCUCGGUGAUAAUGCUAGGGCCGGGCCAAACCACUGAUGUUUUGAUCUCGGGGAACCAGCCACCGGCUCGGUACUACAUGGCGGCCCGAGCCUACCAGAGCGGUCAGGGAGCGCCUUUCGACAACACCACUACCACAGCCAUACUAGAGUACAAGUCCGCCCCGUGCCCUGCCAAGGGCAUAUUGAGCAAUCCGGUCAUGCCAGCCCUACCGGCUUUCAAUGACACGGCCACCGUCACGGCCUUCACUCAAAGCCUCAGGAGCCCCAACAAGGUGGAGGUUCCCAGCGACAUCGACGAGAACCUCUUUUUCACGGUCGGCCUAGGACUCUUUAACUGCCCGAGCAAUUUCCCAAGCAGUAGGUGCCAGGGGCCGAAUGGGACCCGUUUCGCGUCCAGCAUGAACAACGUGUCCUUCGUGCUCCCGUCUAAUUUCUCGAUCCUGCAGGCCCAUAGGCAGGGCGUGCCUGGAGUUUUCACCACUGAUUUUCCGGGUAACCCGCCGGUCCAGUUCGAUUACACCGGGAAUGUGAGCCGCUCGCUGUGGCAGCCCAUUCUGGGCACUAAGGUGUACAAGUUGAAGUACGGGUCUAGAGUGCAGCUUGUCUUGCAAGGAACCAACAUACAGACGGCCGAGAACCACCCGAUCCACAUUCACGGGUACGAUUUCUACAUCCUCGCCACAGGGUUUGGAAACUUCAACCCCCAGAAGGAUACGGCGAAGCUCAACCUCGUCGACCCACCAAUGAGGAACACAGUCGGCGUCCCCGUGAACGGGUGGGCCGUCAUUCGCUUCCUCGCCGACAAUCCAGGUGCUUGGUUGAUGCACUGUCACUUGGAUGUUCACAUCACCUGGGGAUUGGCCAUGGUUUUCCUUGUCGAGGAUGGAGUUGGUGAAUUGCAGUCUGUAGAGCCGCCUCCUGCAGAUUUACCUCCAUGUUAAGAGAUCUGCGGCUGACGAUAGUCCUCAACGAAGAAUUCGUAAAGUCCGUAACACGGGCCUUUUCUAAUUUUUUGUUUUUGCUUUUCGUUUUCGUUUCUCGGAGUUCGAGUACAGUGAUUGUUUCCCCUCAAUUCAGGGAGCCACUAGUCGUUUGUUUUUCUCGCCGUUUUCUUUUCUUAUAAAUAAAAUGGUCCUGCAUACGCAAUGUCUGGUACCAUCAGAUACUGUUUCAACUUUAAACUCAUACGUAUUUCUUCAAUAUAGAUGUUCCUUUCUCUUUUUUCGUCGA